AUGACCUACUCCCUGCGACAGAUAUCCCAGCAUAACCUCAAGACCUUCCGCCAAAAUUAUGUAUCCGAGAUAUCUGGCUCCCUGGGGGAUCUGGGGACGUUCCUCCCCAUCGCCAUCGCUCUCGCCGUCAAUGGCACCGUCUCGUUGUCCAGCACUCUAAUCUUCUCCGGCCUCUUUAACAUCUUGACCGGCUUAUUGUUUGGGAUCCCACUGCCUGUGCAGCCCAUGAAGGCCAUUGCCGCCGUCGCUCUCGCCCAGUCUUUCAGCAACGGAUCCAUCGCCGCAGCCGGCAUCUUCGUCAGUGCCUGCGUUGGACUGUUCAGCAUCACCGGUCUCCUGCGGUGGUUCGCCGACGUCAUCCCGAUCCCCGUCAUCAAGGGCAUCCAGGUCGGCGCCGGACUGUCCCUUAUUAUCGCGUCGGGCGGGAGUCUCCUCUCGUCACUCUCAUGGCUCCACCCGUCCUGGGCCGAUAACCUAAUUUGGGCGAUCGCGGCCUUCAUCUUCCUCCUCGUGACGAACGUGUACCGUAACAUCCCCUACGCGUUGAUUGUCUUCAUCCUAGGCCUUGUUUUCGCUAUCAUCCGUAGCACUGUGGCAUCUAGCCUCCCUUCCCUGGAGCUCUGGCAUCCGUCUGUUUUCGCCCCUACCGGGCCGGAAUGGUUGCGCGGCGCUAUCAACGCCGGCAUCGGGCAAAUUCCGCUGACGACGCUGAACUCCGUCGUGGCGGUCGUGCAUCUCGCGGGCGAUUUACUGCCCAACGUACACACGCCGUCAAUUACGUCGAUCGGGCUCAGCGUCUCGGUUAUGAAUCUCGUCGGGUGCUGGUUCGGCGCGAUGCCGGUCUGUCACGGGUCCGGAGGCUUGGCGGCGCAGUAUCGCUUCGGCGCGCGGUCGGGAUCCAGCGUUGUGUUUUUGGGUGCGCUGAAACUCAUCAUUGGGGUAUUCUUCGGCGAGUCGCUGGUCGAGUUGCUGAAGCGUUUCCCGUCCGCGUUGUUGGGCGUGAUGGUCAUCGCUGCGGGACUGGAGUUGGCGAGUGUCGGCGAGAGUCUGAAUACGACUGGGGCUCGAGACAUCGGGAAAACGUAUCAUGGCUUACUAGGCGGGGAUGCAAUGCAGGACGUGUCGCCGAUGUUGAGCGAUGCGGAUCGCAAGCAGCGGUGGACGGUCAUGCUGGUGACGGUGGGACUGUUAGUUGGGUUCAAGAACGAUGCGAUCGGGUUUUUGGCAGGGAUGCUGUGCCAUUGGAUGUAUCAGGUUCCAGUGGCUAUUGAGAAAGUGAAGGAACGGUGGGAGGAGAGACGGGGACGUGUUCGAUUGGAGUGA